AUGCUGCUGUUGCUGCUGCUGGCGCCGCUCUUUCUCCGCCCCCCGGGCGCGGGCGGGGCGCAGACCCCCAACGCCACCUCUGAAGGUUGCCAGAUCAUACACCCGCCCUGGGAAGGGGGCAUCAGGUAUAGGGGCCUGACUCGGGACCAGGUGAAGGCUAUCAACUUCCUGCCCGUGGACUAUGAGAUUGAGUAUGUGUGCCGGGGGGAGCGCGAGGUGGUGGGGCCCAAGGUGCGCAAGUGCCUGGCCAACGGCUCCUGGACAGAUAUGGACACGCCCAGCCGCUGUGUCCGAAUCUGCUCCAAGUCUUAUUUGACCCUGGAAAAUGGGAAGGUUUUCCUGACGGGUGGGGACCUCCCAGCUCUGGAUGGAGCCCGGGUGGAUUUCCGAUGUGACCCCGACUUUCAUCUGGUGGGCAGCUCCCGGAGCAUCUGUAGUCAGGGCCAGUGGAGCACCCCCAAGCCCCACUGCCAGGUGAAUCGAACGCCACACUCAGAACGGCGCGCUGUGUACAUCGGGGCGCUGUUUCCCAUGAGCGGGGGCUGGCCGGGGGGCCAGGCCUGCCAGCCCGCGGUGGAGAUGGCGCUGGAGGACGUGAAUAGCCGCAGGGACAUCCUGCCGGACUAUGAGCUCAAGCUCAUCCACCACGACAGCAAGUGUGACCCGGGCCAAGCCACCAAGUACCUGUACGAGCUGCUCUACAAUGACCCCAUCAAGAUCAUCCUUAUGCCUGGCUGCAGCUCUGUCUCUACGCUCGUGGCUGAGGCUGCCAGGAUGUGGAACCUCAUUGUGCUUUCCUACGGCUCCAGCUCACCAGCCCUGUCAAACCGACAACGCUUUCCUACGUUCUUCCGAACUCACCCGUCGGCCACACUCCACAAUCCCACCCGGGUGAAACUCUUCGAGAAGUGGGGCUGGAAGAAGAUCGCCACCAUCCAGCAGACCACCGAGGUCUUCACCUCGACUCUGGACGACCUGGAGGAACGGGUGAAGGAGGCUGGAAUCGAGAUUACCUUCCGUCAGAGUUUCUUCUCGGAUCCAGCUGUGCCUGUCAAAAACCUUAAGCGCCAGGAUGCCCGGAUCAUCGUGGGACUUUUCUACGAGACUGAAGCCCGGAAAGUUUUUUGUGAGGUGUACAAGGAGCGGCUCUUUGGGAAGAAGUACGUCUGGUUCCUCAUCGGGUGGUAUGCUGACAAUUGGUUCAAGAUCUAUGACCCGUCCAUCAACUGCACAGUGGAUGAGAUGACUGAGGCGGUGGAAGGCCACAUCACCACUGAGAUAGUCAUGCUGAACCCGGCCAACACUCGCAGCAUUUCCAACAUGACAUCCCAGGAGUUUGUGGAGAAACUGACCAAACGACUAAAACGACACCCUGAGGAGACGGGAGGCUUCCAGGAGGCACCUCUAGCCUAUGAUGCCAUCUGGGCCUUGGCACUGGCCCUCAACAAGACGUCCGGAGGGGGCGGCCGUUCGGGUGUGCGCCUGGAAGACUUCAACUACAACAACCAGACCAUAACUGACCAAAUCUACCGGGCAAUGAACUCCUCGUCCUUUGAGGGUGUUUCCGGCCAUGUGGUAUUUGAUGCCAGCGGCUCUCGGAUGGCGUGGACGCUCAUCGAGCAGCUGCAGGGUGGCAGCUACAAGAAGAUUGGUUAUUAUGACAGCACCAAGGAUGACCUUUCCUGGUCCAAAACAGAUAAGUGGAUUGGAGGGUCCCCUCCAGCUGACCAGACCUUGGUCAUCAAGACGUUCCGCUUCCUGUCACAGAAACUCUUUAUCUCCGUCUCCGUUCUCUCCAGCCUGGGCAUUGUUCUAGCUGUUGUCUGUCUGUCCUUUAACAUCUAUAACUCCCAUGUCCGUUAUAUCCAGAACUCACAGCCCAACCUGAAUAAUCUGACUGCUGUGGGCUGCUCACUAGCGUUAGCCGCCGUCUUCCCCCUCGGGCUGGAUGGUUACCACAUCGGGAGAAGUCAGUUCCCCUUCGUCUGCCAGGCCCGCCUCUGGCUCCUGGGUUUGGGCUUUAGCCUGGGCUACGGCUCCAUGUUCACCAAGAUCUGGUGGGUCCAUACAGUCUUCACAAAGAAGGAGGAAAAGAAAGAGUGGAGGAAGACCCUGGAGCCCUGGAAGCUGUAUGCCACAGUGAGCCUGCUGGUGGGCAUGGACGUCCUCACCCUCGCCAUCUGGCAGAUCGUGGACCCCCUGCACCGGACCAUUGAGACUUUUGCCAAGGAGGAGCCGAAGGAAGAUAUUGAUGUGUCUAUUCUGCCCCAGCUGGAGCAUUGUAGCUCCAAGAAGAUGAACACAUGGCUUGGCAUCUUCUAUGGUUACAAGGGGCUGCUGCUGCUGCUGGGUAUCUUUCUUGCUUAUGAGACCAAGAGUGUGUCCACCGAGAAGAUCAAUGACCACCGGGCUGUGGGCAUGGCCAUCUACAAUGUGGCGGUUCUGUGCCUCAUUACUGCCCCGGUCACCAUGAUCCUGUCCAGCCAGCAGGAUGCUGCCUUCGCCUUCGCCUCUCUCGCCAUAGUUUUCUCCUCCUAUAUCACCCUGGUGGUGCUGUUCGUCCCCAAGAUGCGCAGGCUGAUCACCCGAGGGGAGUGGCAGUCGGAGGCACAGGACACCAUGAAGACAGGGUCCUCGACCAACAACAACGAGGAGGAGAAGUCCAGGCUGUUGGAGAAGGAGAACCGCGAGCUGGAGAAGAUCAUCGCCGAGAAAGAGGAGCGCGUCUCUGAACUGCGCCAUCAGCUCCAGUCUCGGCAGCAGCUCCGAUCCCGGCGUCACCCUCCGACACCCCCAGACCCCUCGGGGGGCCUGCCCAGGGGGCCCCCUGAGCCCCCUGACCGGCUUAGCUGUGAUGGAAGUCGAGUCCACUUGCUUUACAAGUGA